AGACACCAAAGGGAAAUCAUCUGUCAGCGUUGUGACCACGAAGCUUUCCUAUAAAUGUCCGACACGGACGAGGAUCACGAUGGGCAGAAGACAACGGCCGUAUUCUCCACUAUGGUGGCCGACGGGGAUUGGCUUUACACGAAGGGCGAGUAUAAAAAGGCUCUGAGCAGCUACACGACGGCCCUGACUAUAAAGCCUGAUGACAAGACUUGCUGCUUGGGCCGAUCCAAAUGUUACCUGAAGCUCGGGCAAUCGGAAAGCGCUUUGAUUGAUGCAGAGGCUUCACUGAAAAAGGACAAGUCAUUUAUCGAGGGAGUGUACCAGAAGGCGGAGGCCUUGUACUACAUGGGUGAAUUUGAAUUUGCGCAGGUGUUAUGCGACAGAGGACACGACUUACGUCCUCAAAUACAAGGGUUCAGACUGGGUAUCCAGAAAGCUCAAGAGGCUAUAGAAAGAUCAUUGAGCCCUUCCUCUGUAAAACUGAAGAUUGAAGGAGACUUGUCAUUUCUCCAAAAAGAUGAGAGGGCACAGCCAAUUGCUGCUAUCCACCAUCUGACAAUGAAGGAAAAACCGCAGACCCAAAAGCUCUCCAAGAAUGAGAAGACAACCAAGCAACUGCUGGGAGAGUUUUACACUGACAAGAAAUGUCUAGAAACCCUGCUUAAAGAUAAAGAUUUGGUGAAAGGAAAGAUGAAAGGAGGGGAACAACUGCAUGACGUCAUUCAGGGCUGCCUCACAUACCUCGAGUCUUGCACCAAGUUCUGGACUGAGGAGACACCGAGGAGUGCGCGGGACAAAGAGCGUAAGCCUCGGCUCCGUGACAAGCCCUGUCACGGAGCGCCCUCUGAACCGGCUCAGUUUCUGCUGAAGAGCCUGGAUGACAUCGACGCAGAGUUGACGUCCGGAAAUGCAGAAGGUAGUCUCAAGAAGGCCGAGGACGUCAUGAAGAUGUUGCGGGGCUGGACGGAGAAAGAGGUGCCCAAUCAGAAAGAAGUGAUGGGUAGCCUGCACAGUUGUAUUGGGAACGCCUUCAUCGACUUGGGAGACAUGGACAGAGCUUUAGAGCAUCAUCGAAAAGACUUGGAGUUGGCUACACAGUGCAAACUCCCGGAUGCAAUGUCCAGGGCUCUGUACAACAUCGGGUGGGUUUAUGCUCAAGCUCGACAGUUCACACAAGCCAUUGAGUUCUGGGAGAAGAAGAUCACUUUGGCCCGCGGUGGUUUGGAGAAGACCUGGUUGUUUCAUGAGAUCGGGUGGUGUUACCUCGAGCUCAAUCGCCACGAAGAAGCCAGAGAUUACGGCGUGCGUUCAAUUGCUGCAGCCGACGAAAUUGCUGAUGAGAAAUGGCAGAUUAAUGCCAAUAUGUUGGUGGCUCAGUCAGAAUUGAAACUAGGACACUUUGAGUCCUGUGUCUCCCACUUUGAGAGGGCCUUGACCCAGGCCACGCUGCAAGAUGACGACUCUGCCAUGAACGUCAUUCAGAAGGCCCUUGAUGAGGCAAAGCAGCAGCUCCCACAGUGACGACGACGACGACAACGACAAAAUGAGACCAAUAAAAUUAAUUUCCCACACUGAUGAAUAAGACCCAGUAUCUGCAUAUACGUCUUGAGCUUUUCAUUAGUAACUUUCCAAAGGUCAAAAUAUAAACAGUCCAGUAUGAAGUACAGAUAUUAACAAGGCCCUGCAUCAUACUUUGAAAAUGUAAAUCGGGAGCAUUGGUCUCAUUCAAGGUAGCAUCUUUUUUUCAGCGUUGCUAAUUAUUUUAAUUACAGUCAAAAACUAUAUAAGAGACUGAAUUGUUGUCAGACUUCUAGGAAAAACUGAAACAUCUAUUCUCAAGAAAAUGCGUCACUUAAUUAAUAUAAAAAAAUAGAGAGCAUCUUAUCACACUCGUUGAUUUGCACACAGCAACCCACCAACAAUGAAGUCCUUUUGCCUUUUGAUAACUUAAAUACAGAGCUGUAUUUACUGCAGGGGACUUCCCCAUGUCACAUCUUUAUUGCAUCUGUUACCAGGCUCACAUGGUGUUAUUUACAUACAGAGGAUGGCUUCCUGCAGGGUUUACACUAAUAUCAUUGUAUGGUUUCACAGACAGUAAUGUACAAAUAAUGGCCAUUGCCUCUUCACCAGAAUACCUAGAUGGAGCCUGUGUGGUCUGGGCCCUAAACAGUCUAAUGAGUCAGUGACCUGUGGGACCCACUGUGUCCUGUUACCUAACUUUGAGGGGAGAGACUCAAAUUCUAGCUCUGCAUUUCGAUGGUACCUCUGAACGUUUGAUAGGAAUUUGAUUCAUAGUAGUAGUUUGGUCAUGUAACUAAACUGAAGUCGUUGUUAAUCCGUAGGAAACGUUCACUGAUAUAUUGCUGUGAAGUAGGACCUGUAAAAUUGUAAAUAAUGGGAAAAAAACAUAUAGAACGUAAAAUCGGUAUUGAUGUUUAGCGCCGAUGUACAUCAUCCUAUACAAACAAAUACACAUAAUAAAAACAAAAGGACCAAAAAACAUAUAUAAAAUGAAUACAUGAAAUAAAAAGGUGUAGUUUGGAGCACACGA